AUUCAGAUGUCGCUACUCCACGUGUUCGUUAAUGGAAACUCUCAUUACCGAAGACAUUUAACUUACAUUUAGAGAAAUGUUUCGAAUUUUCCCAUUAUCUCCUGAAAGAGAAUUUCAAAGCACGAAAGAUUCAGGAACCAUCAUACUCGGAGGUCCACUUACUGCCAAAACUUCAUUAUUAUUCCAAGCAGCUUUGAGUUUAUCGGCACAAGGAAAGAGAGUUGUCUUCAUUCGUCCAAAUAAAUUCGUUAACCUUCCGAACUGUGUUAAAAAUAUGACCAAACCAACUCACACUACUAUGAAACUUAUUAAAUUUUUAUAUUUGAACAGUUCUGAUCUUGUAAAAUAUUUAUCAGAAGUUCAUCUUUCCUCUUCCACUUUUGAUGCUAUUUUGGUUGACGACAUGCAAUGCUAUGUUCAAGCUAAUGAUGAUAAUUUAGAACAUGCUCUAGCUAAAUUGCUAGCACUCUUUAAGGAUACUGUAAGUUAUUUAUCCUUAAAAACUAACGAAACUUGCAUAUUUAUGUCUACGGUUACCGAAAACAAUCGUCAGUCCAUUUACGCUCGCAUUGGCCAAAUAUUCUUCCAUCUCUGGCAGAUAAAUACCUGCAAUGAGUUUUUUAGCAUCAUCUCUUAUCCCGAUACUAAAUUAAAAAUUUAUUAUGAAGUCAAAGAUGAGAUUUCCUUGAAGGAAGUCAAGAGGAACUCAGAAAAUUAAAAAUAUUGUUAAUCACUGUAUUUAUUUUAAAACAUUCAGUUUAAUUUUCUGAAAUAUUUUAUAUCUCAGAGAAGAUCUAAUUAAUAAAAA